AUGACCAAAUCGUACAGCGAGAGCGGGCUGAUGGGAGAGCCUCAGCCCCAGGGUCCUCCAAGCUGGACAGACGAGUGUCUCAGUUCUCAGGACGAGGAGCACGAGGCAGACAAGAAGGAGGACGACCUCGAAGCCAUGAACGCGGAAGAGGACUCACUGAGGAACGGGGGAGAGGAGGAGGACGAGGACGAAGAUCUGGAAGAGGAGGAAGAGGAGGAAGAGGAAGACGAUGAUCAAAAGCCCAAGAGACGUGGCCCCAAAAAGAAGAAGAUGACCAAGGCUCGCCUGGAGCGUUUUAAGCUGAGGCGCAUGAAGGCCAACGCCCGGGAGCGGAACCGCAUGCAUGGGUUGAACGCGGCGCUGGACAAUCUGCGCAAAGUGGUGCCCUGCUAUUCCAAGACGCAGAAGCUGUCCAAAAUCGAGACGCUGCGCUUGGCGAAGAACUACAUCUGGGCUCUGUCAGAGAUCCUGCGUUCCGGCAAAAGCCCUGAUCUGGUCUCCUUCGUACAGACGCUCUGCAAGGGCUUAUCCCAGCCCACCACCAACCUGGUUGCAGGCUGCCUACAGCUCAAUCCUCGGACUUUUCUGCCUGAGCAGAACCAGGACAUGCCCCCACAUCUGCCUACAGCCAGCGCUUCCUUCCCCGUGCACCCCUACUCUUACCAGUCGCCGGGUCUGCCCAGCCCGCCCUACGGUACCAUGGACAGCUCCCACGUCUUCCACGUCAAGCCGCCGCCGCACGCCUACAGCGCAGCGCUAGAGCCCUUCUUUGAAAGCCCCCUGACUGAUUGCACCAGCCCUUCCUUUGACGGACCCCUCAGCCCGCCGCUCAGCAUCAAUGGAAACUUCUCUUUCAAACACGAACCGUCCGCCGAGUUUGAGAAAAAUUAUGCCUUUACCAUGCACUACCCUGCAGCGACCCUGGCAGGGUCCCAAAGCCACGGAUCAAUCUUCUCGGGCGCCGCUGCCCCUCGUUGCGAGAUCCCUAUAGACAAUAUUAUGUCCUUCGAUAGCCAUUCACAUCAUGAGCGAGUCAUGAGUGCCCAGCUCAAUGCCAUCUUUCACGAUUAG